UCAUCGCGGGUCUUUGUUUCCGCACGGACCAGCCUCACCGCCAGACAUGGCCGCCUGCACGCCUACCAUGUGGAAAGUUUUAGCAGGAUGUCAGAGGCAGCUGCUGAGAGCCGGCGGUCCCGCCUACACCGGCGUUUCACAGGCUGCACCGAGGAAUCUCCCCGUCAGGACUUUAGCAGCUGUCAGGCCGCUAAGGAAAGACAAGAAAGAGGACAAAGAGAAGGAGGUGAAGAAAGAAAAGAAGGUCAUCGACGACAAAGACAGACAUAAGCCCUACGGCAGGACGGCGUGGAAGCCCGUGGACGACGUGUACGUCAUGAGGUACUACCCCCGGACCGUCUACGGCCCUGCGGACGCCAUCGACAUGCUGAAGAAGUUUCAGACGCUGGACUUCACUCCACUCAAGCAGCCUGUUUACAUCGAUCUGAAGCUGGACAUGAAGCUGGAGAAAAAGAAAAAGGUGGACGCCUUCGUCAGCACCGUUCACCUGCCCCACCCCUUCAAGACGGAGACCAACACAGUCUUAGUUUUCACCGAGGAUGCUAAUCAAGCUCAGGUAGCCAAGCAGAACGGAGCCGCGUAUGCUGGAGGAGCAGAGCUCAUACAGGCGAUCUUAGACGACGAGAUCUCAGCCGACUUCUACGUCGCGGUGCCGGACAUCCUGCCGAAGCUCGUUCCUCUGAAGAACAAACUGAGGAAGAAGUUUCCAAAGAGCAAGAGAGGCGCCGUCAGCAUCCACAUUCCCAAGAUGUUGGAGUUGUUUAAAACAGGAUUCGAGAUCCGGGUGGAGAACGACUGCUACGUCAGGACGCAGAUAGCGAUGCUCGACAUGACCAAAGAACAAAUCUUUGCCAACCUGCGAACGAUCCUGCUGGAUGUUUGCUCCCACCGACCGGCCGACAUGGGACCCUUCAUCGAGCGGGCGAUCAUCGCCAGUCAAACCAGUGAAGCUCUGUGGUUCAAGAGCGAAGACGUUCUACCGAAACCAGCAGAGGAGAAGGAAGAAUGACUCUGAUUGUCCUCAGAUUGUAAAUAUAUAUAUACUCACUGUG